AUGGUUGACUUUGUAAAAAACAAUCUGAUAUGCCGCUUUGGUGUACCUGAAUCCGUCAUCACAGACAAUGGUGCUAAUCUGAACAGCCAUUUGAUGAAGGACAUCUAUGAACAAUUCAUGAUUACUCACAGAAACUCUACUUCGUACCAGCCACAGCUAAAUGGAGCCGUAGAGACUGCCAAAAAGAACAUCAAAAGGAUCUUAAGGAAAAUGAUCAACAAUCACAAGAAUUGGAAUGAGCAGUUGCCUUAUGCUUCGUUGGGGUACAAAAUGACAACCCGAACUUCCACUAGGGCAACCGCAUAUCUACUUGUCUACGGUACCGAAGCAGUCAUACCCACAAAAGUGGAGAUCCCUUCACAUAGGAUCAUCCAAGAAGCAAUGCUAAAUGAUGUAGAAUGUGUCAGAAAUCGUUGCGAGCAACUGGCCAUGAUAGAUGAAAAGAGAAUGCUGGCAGUAUUCCAUGGACAGCUAUACAAACAAAAAAUGUCUCGAGCUUUCAACAAGCAGGUUUUAACAGGACAGCAGACACGUCAUCGACCGGUUUACUCACAGCAAAGGCGAAAAGCAAACUCAGCCAAACAGCAAAGUACAAGGAGGUCACAGUAG